AGCUUACUCUGCCUGCACUUCACUCUUCAGCUUCAUUCGUGUCGACUGCCCAGAGUCCACGGACACAGAACCAGCCUGAGACACACCUGAGGCUGCAGGAACUGAUCCAGAGAAAAAGUUGUCUACUGUAGGAUUGCCUCUGUAAGAUCUGUGCUGUUCCUGCUGCAUUCCAGGCCACCGUGUUGGAACAUGUCUCUGUACAGCUUUGGUUUAGAGCCUCUGUCCUGCCAUGCCUGGAACAAAGAUCGAACGCAGAUUGCGGUGAGCCCCAACAGCAGCACUGUGAUCAUUUACCAGAAGAAAGGAAAAGAAUGGAGUAAAAUCCAUGAGCUAAAAGAGCACAGUGGACGGAUCACAGGUAUUGACUGGGCCCCGGAGUCGAACCGUAUUGUGACGUGUGCCUCAGACAGGAACGCCUAUGUCUGGACUCUGAAGGAUGGUGUGUGGAAGCCCACUCUGGUCCUGGUUCGCAUUAACAGGGCAGCAACGUGUGUGAAGUGGUCACCCCAGGAAAACAAGUUUGCACUGGGGAGUGGAGCCAAACUGAUCUCAGUGUGUUACUUUGAGAAGGAGAACGACUGGUGGCUCAGUAAACACAUCAAGAAGGGCAUCUGCUCUACGGUGCUCAGUCUGGACUGGCAUCCCAACAACAUCCUGCUGGCUGCUGGCUCUGCUGACCUACACUGCAGGGUUUUCUCUGCUUACAUAAAGGAAAUCGAGGAUAAGCCAGGUCCGACCUCAUGGGGAGCUAAAAUGCCGUUUGGAGAAGUUCUGCUGGAGCAGAAGGAUGUGGGCGGAUGGGUGCACAGCGUCGCUUUCUCACCGUCCGGUGACAGCCUGGCUUGGGUCAGCCACAACAGCGCCAUUAGUGUAGCUGAUGCUGCCCAGGGGAAAGAGGUUACCCAGCUGACCACGGAAUAUCUCCCCCUGCUUAGUGUGCUCUAUGUUAAUGAGACAGAGAUUGUGGCUGCGGGCCAUGACUGCUGUCCCUACCAGUUCUCCUACAUGGGACCUGGAAAGCUGGACUUUGUUAAGAAGUUGGGGAUCUCCAAGCAGACCUCCAAGAACAGCAUGUCGGCCAUGCAGCACUUCCGCAACCUGGACAAAAAGGCCACCACAGACGAGGAAGAUAACGAACUGAACACUCUGCACCAGAACAGCAUUACUCAGCUGUGUGUUGUGGAGGGACAGAAAGCCAAAGUGGAGAAGUUCAGUAGUGUGGGCUUAGAUGGCGCUCUGGUCCUGUGGGAUGUUAAGGUCUGAAACCCUGUAAACAAGCCGAGUCAUGACUGAGUGAUGUCCACACAGAACCACACCAAAGAUUUCACCAUAUCAUUUUACCACUGUGUUUUUCUGUCUCUGGCAGCAAGUUAUUGACUCUAGAGAGUUAUUACAUUGUAGUUAUUUCUAUAAUUAACAACAAUAAAGGGUAUUACUCCAGAAUUGUCACUGUAGUAUGUAGACUAUAUGUUUUAUAUGUAACAGGCUAUAAAAUCUGACUUUUAUAAUCAGUGAUUUUUUUAUUUGUUUGUUUCUCCACAUUUCUUAAAAAAAUUGAAACGGUCUUGUUGUCUACAAUGAAUAAAAGCCAUUUUUAAAA